AUGGCGUAUACACUCCACGAUACCGACUACACCCUGGUGGUGCGGCAACAGCCCGAGAGGGCCCGGGUCGCCAUCGGCAAGGAGAAAGACCGCAAGCCGAUCGACCCCUAUCCCAUUGUCCAGCUCAACGUCAGCCCUCGCAAGGACCCGGGCAAGACGUUCCUGCAGAAUCCCUACCUCAUGUUGACGGCGAGGCUGCUCCGCGCCCACAAGGACGGCGAGAGCCCGCCAAACGGCUCGGACCUGCUGCCCGAGGCCAAGGAGAACGAUCUCCUGGGCACCGUCGUCUCGUCUCUGUACAGCCUCAAGGACACGGACAACACACAGGGCGGCUUCUUCGUUUUUGGAGACCUCUCGGUGCGAAAGGAGGGCAUAUAUAAGCUCGAGUUCAUACUUUUCGAGCUCAAGAUGAGCACGCGGGAGUGCCUGAUGCGGGCGCGGACCGAGUCGAAAAAGUUCAAAGUCUAUCCGCACAAGGAGUUUCCCGGACUGGACGAGUCGACGUUUUUGACGCGGUCCUUCAGCGAUCAGGGCGUGCGCCUCCGCCUCCGCAAGGACUCGCGGAACGUGACGACGAGAAAGCGCAACCUCAAGAUUGCUCACACGUUUGGCGAAAUGAGAGACUCGGCUGCGCACCAGCAGCAGUAUGGGCCCAACCACGGCAGCCCUGAGGUGAGCCCCAUCGGGCAGCCGCACCACCUGCGCCGCUCGAGCAGCCUGCACGAUUCGGGGGUCGCCGUGGGACACAUGGACCGGUCCAGGGGCUCGAUGGGCCCGCAGGGCAGCCCCUACUUCAGCGAGUCGCCGCAGAGCAUGCGGGGCGAGUACGGCGGCGCGUACGGCUACGCGGGCGGCUACGACGAGCGGUCCAACAAGCGGCAGCGGACAAUGGAUUCUGGCGACGGCAACCACAACUACGACAGCGGGUACUCGCCCUACGCGCAAGCCGGCCCGCGGACGGUGCCGGAUCCCAUGGCGCAAUACCCCAUCUCGAGCAGCUUCGCCGUGCCGCCCACCCAGACCGCCAUGGCCGGCCUGCCCAUCCCGAGCCAUCCCACACACUACAGCAGCGCUCCGAGAACACACGAUGGCCAGCUCCACCCGGAGCGCGGCGUCGAGCUCCAUGUCAACACUUUCUCGCCCUACACAAAUUUCCCGCCAGACUCGCAAUUAUAG